AUGUCAUCAGAGGAUAUUGAAAGUUCAAGUUCAUCACUUCAAGAGUAUGUUGGUCAGCAACACCACAAAACACAACCUUCAACAGAUGAGGAUUACAAUGAUUACGAUGAAAAUAAUGAUGAAAGCAGAAGAUUACAUUUAGUAAGAACGGUGUCAUCGAUUAAUCGGCACAAUUUUGAUGAAAAAUUUGAUUCUAUAUCAAGAGAAAUUUCACGUCAAGUGACUAAUAAAGAAGGAGAAUUUCAAUUAAGAUUAGAUGAAUUCAAUUUAGCCAAGAUUUUGGCCAAUUUUGUUUAUUUUGCUAAAAAACAAGGAAUAGUAUUACGGAAAAGUGGGAUUACUUUCCAAGAUCUUUGUGUUUAUGGAGUUGAUGAAUCCUUUGCCAUUGCUCCCACUGUCACCGAUUUAUUGAAAGGACCAAUUGGUGGUAUUCAAGCAAUAUUAUCACAAAUGAAAACACCACCACGUAAAAUCUUGAAAAAUUUGAAUGGGUUUGCUAAACCUGGUGAAUCAGUAUUGGUUUUAGGUAGACCAGGUGCUGGGUGUACUACUUUUUUAAAGGCAUUAAGUGGGACUGAUUUUGAUUUAUACAAGGGAGUCACUGGUGAUAUCAGAUACGAUGGAUUACCACAAUCGGAAAUGUUGAAAUUGUUCAAGAAUGAUUUGGUUUAUAAUCCCGAAUUGGAUGUGCAUUUCCCUCAUUUGACUGUUGAUCAAACUUUGACAUUUGCUAUUGCCUGUAAAACACCAGAAAUGAGAAUCAAUGGAGUCACUAGAGAUGAAUUCAUCAAUGCUAAAAAGGAAAUAUUGGCUACUGUGUUUGGGUUAAGACACACCUAUAAUACUAAAGUGGGUAACGAUUUUGUUCGUGGUGUUUCCGGUGGGGAGAGAAAGAGAGUAUCUAUUGCUGAAGCAUUAGCAUGUAAUGGCUCAAUUUAUUGUUGGGACAAUGCUACUAGAGGAUUGGAUGCAUCAACAGCUUUAGAAUUUGCUCAAGCCAUUAGAACUUCAACUAAAUUAUUGAAAACAACGGCAUUCGUCACCAUCUAUCAAGCUGGUGAAGGUAUUUAUGAAACUUUUGAUCGUGUCACUGUGCUUUACGAUGGCCAUCAAAUUUAUUACGGUCCAGCAAAUAAAGCCAAGAAGUAUUUUGAAGAUAUGGGUUGGGAAUGUCCACCAAGACAAUCCACGGCAGAAUUCUUAACAGCCAUUACUGACCCAAUUGGUAGAUUUCCUCGAGCUGGUUGGGAAAAUAAAGUUCCUAGAACAGCACAAGAUUUUGAACAUUAUUGGUUGAACUCGCCACAAUACCAAGAAUUAAUGCAAGAAAUUAAAGACUACAAUGAUGAAAUUGAUGAAGAUGAAACUAGAGGUAAAUAUUAUGAAUCAAUUCAACAAGAGAAAAUGAAAGGUGCUAGAACCAAAUCUCCUUUUACGAUUAGUUAUUUAGAACAAUUGAAAUUAUGCUUUAUUAGAAGUUAUCAAAGAAUUUUGGGUGAUAGUGCUUAUACAUUGACACUUAUGUUUGCUUCAGUUGCUCAAGCUUUUGUUGCUGGUUCUUUAUAUUAUAAUACCCCUGAUGAUGUUUCCGGGGCAUUUUCUCGAGGUGGGGUCAUUUUCUUUGCUGUUUUGUUUAUGUCUUUAAUGGGAUUAGCAGAAAUCUCUGCUUCAUUUAGUAGUCGACCAAUUUUGAUGAAACAAAAAAAUUAUACCAUGUAUCAUCCAUCAGCAGAUUCCCUUUCCAAUUUUGUCAUGUCUAUUCCAAUUAGUAUUUUCAUCAAUACGUUCUUUGUCAUUAUCUUGUAUUUCUUAUCCAAUUUAGCUCGUGAUGCCGGUAAGUUUUUCAUUUGUUAUUUGUUUGUUAUCAUGCUACAUUUGACAAUGAAAUCAAUGUUUCAAGCAAUUGCCGCAAUCAACAAGAGUAUUGCUGGUGCAAAUGCUAUGGGUGGGAUUUCGGUGUUGGCAUCAUUAAUGUAUUCAUCAUAUAUGAUUCAGCGUCCUUCAAUGCAUCCAUGGUUCAAAUGGAUCUCGUACAUCAACCCAGUGUUGUAUGCUUUUGAAGCCGUUAUUGCUUCUGAAUUCCAUGGUCGUAAAAUGCAAUGUACUUCUCAAUACCUUACCCCAUCAGGACCAGGAUAUGAGAAUUUAGGUGCUGGUGAACAAGUUUGUACAUUUAUUGGGUCUGUUCCAGGACAAAGUUGGGUUUUAGGUGAUGAUUAUUUAAGAAUUGCUUAUACUUAUCGAUUCAGUCAUGUUUGGAGAAAUUUAGGGAUUUUGUUUGGGUUUUUGGCAUUUUUCCUUACUAUUGCCACGCUUGGUACUGAAUACGUUAAACCAAUUACUGGAGGUGGUGAUAAAUUAUUGUUUUUAAAAGGUAAAGUUCCUGAACAUAUCACAUUGCCCCUGGAAAGAAAAGAAGAAGAUAUCGAAUCGGGCGGUGAUACAACUGCUACGUCUAAUGGUACUCUUUCUCAAGGCAAACUGGAUGAUGAAAAAGGUGCCAUUGUCGAUGAAGGAUUGAAAGCUAAGGGGGUAUUUGUUUGGAAAGAUGUCGAUUAUGUAAUUCCUUAUGAAGGCAAAAAGCGUCAAUUGUUACAAAAUGUUAGUGGAUACUGUGUUCCUGGUACAUUAACUGCGUUGAUGGGUGAAUCAGGUGCAGGUAAAACAACAUUGUUAAAUGUAUUGGCUCAACGUAUUGAUUUUGGGGUAAUAACUGGUGAUAUGUUAGUCAAUGGUCGUCCUUUGGAUACAUCAUUUAGUCGUCGUACUGGUUAUGUCCAACAACAAGAUAUUCAUUUUUCUGAAGUCACGGUGAGAGAAUCAUUACAAUUUGCAGCUAGGUUAAGAAGAUCUAAUGAUGUAAGUGAUGCUGAGAAAUUAGAAUAUGUGGAAAAAAUCAUUGAUGUGUUGGAUAUGCGUGGAUAUGCCGAUGCCGUUGUUGGAAGGUUAGGUAAUGGAUUAAACGUUGAACAACGUAAAAAAUUGUCGAUUGGGGUUGAAUUGGUUGCCAAACCAUCUUUAUUGCUUUUCCUCGAUGAACCCACUUCAGGUUUAGAUUCACAAUCUGCUUGGGCCAUUGUUAAAUUGUUGAGAGAUUUAGCCAAUGCUGGACAAUCGAUUUUAUGUACUAUUCAUCAACCUUCAGCCACUUUAUUUGAAGAAUUUGAUCGGUUGUUGUUAUUGAAAAAAGGUGGGAUUGUCACUUAUUUUGGAGACAUUGGUCCAAGAUCACGUACCAUAUUGGAUUAUUUUGAAAGAAAUGGAGCUCGUCAUUGUGAUGAUAAGGAAAAUCCAGCAGAAUAUAUUUUAGAAGCAAUUGGUGCUGGUGCAACUGCAUCUACUGAAUUUGAUUGGGGUGACAUUUGGGCUCAAUCACCAGAAAAAGUACAAACUGAUGCUAAGCGUGAUGAAUUAAUCAAAGAAUCAGCUCAAAAUGCUGCAGACACCACUACAUCAUCAUCAGAAAAGAACCUGACCAGCAAAUAUGCUACUCCGUAUUGGUACCAAUUCCGUCAUGUGACCCAUAGAACCUCCUUGAUCUUUUAUCGUGAUCCAGAUUACAUUGCAGCAAAGAUUUUCUUGAUGACAAUUGCUGGAUUAUUUAUUGGGUUUACAUUCUUUGGAUUGAAACAUACUAAAACUGGUGCUCAAAAUGGUAUGUUUUGUGCAUUUUUAUCAUGUGUUAUUGCUGCUCCUCUUAUUAAUCAAAUGUUAGAAAAGGCAGCUCUGAGAGAUAUUUAUGAGGUUCGUGAGAAAUUAUCAAACACUUAUCAUUGGUCGCUUUUAAUUUUACCACAAGUCAUAUUUGAAGUGAUUUAUAUGAUUAUUGGUGGGACAAUUAUGUUUGUUUGUCUUUAUUUCCCUACCCAAGUGAACACUGUUGCUCUGCAUUCUGGAAUUUUUUAUUUCAGUCAAGCUAUUUUCCUUCAAACCUUUGCUGUUUCAUUUGGGUUAAUGGUGCUGUAUGUUUCCCCCGAUGUUGAGAGUGCUUCAGUGAUUGUUUCAUUCUUGUAUACAUUUAUUGUAUCAUUUUCUGGAGUUGUUCAACCAGUCGAUCUUAUGCCUGGAUUUUGGACAUUUAUGAAUAAAGUAUCACCAUAUACUUAUUUCAUCCAGAAUCUUGUUUCAUCAUUUUUACAUGAUAGAACCAUUCGAUGCAAUGCUAAAGAAUUAUCAUAUUUUAAUCCACCAUCAGGAGAAACUUGUAAAGAAUUUGCUAGUGCAUUUAUUAGUCGUCAUGGUGGGUAUUUGAUUGAUGAUGGGGCAACUUCAAACUGUGGGUAUUGUAGUUUUAGCAAUGCUGAUGAAUAUUUAUUGACCAUUGGAGUUAAGUUUGCUUAUAGAUGGAGAAAUAUUGGAUUUUUCUGUGCUUACAUUAUUUUCAAUAUUAGUAUUUGCUUAAUACUUUAUUACUUUAUAAGAUAUAGAAAAAUAUCUUUGAAUGUUACUGGAUUGAUUAGCAAAUUCAAAAAAUCCAAAAUCUAA